AUUUCCAAGUCCUGGAAUCCGGAAUCGGACUGAUCGGAAUCACACAUGGAUUAUGCGUCUUUCUCCGCGUUUGGUGCGUUUUUGCCAUAGAGAGGAAACUUUCCCCCGCAACUGUUUUCAAGUGGUCUACGUUCUAGCGUCGGAGCCAUGUUGUGCUCGCUGAGAUGGACUGUUGUCCUCUGGAGUUUAAACUCCAUUCACUGCACGUUUGGAAUGGCAGUGAGUGAACAGACAGACGGCUCUUGUCCCCCUCUGAGCGUGGAGGAGCGCAGGUUUACCGAUGCUUUAGAUCGUCCCUUGCAAAUCACAGGAUUCGAUCUCACGGAAAAGUUUCUUCUUCGAAAGGGCACGAUCACGGAAGACCUGCCGUCCUUUCGUUUAGGAAGCAGUCCACUUAUUAAGCCGACAAAAGUCAUAUUCCAAAACGGACUUUCAAGUGAGUACUCCCUCGUCACCACCUUCCGGGUCAGAAGAACGACAAAAAAAGACCGAUGGUAUCUUUGGCAGAUUUUCGACCAAUCAGGAGGCAGUCAGGUGUCCGUUGUGGUCGACGGCGGCAAGAAGGUGGUGGAGUUCUCCUUCCAGGGUCUGCUGAAGAACACCCUGCGCUACACAUUCAAGAGCCGAGACCUGCACGCCCUCUUCGAUCGGCAGUGGCACAAGCUGAGUGUUUCUGUGCAGAGCAACAUUGUCUCCAUUUACAUGGACUGCAAGCUCAUAGAACGGAGACUUACCGAUGAGAAGGACGACGUGGACCCCAGUGGGCGAACGCUCAUCACCACACGGGUGGAGGAUGGACGGCCUGUAGAUAUUGAACUCAGGCUAUUUCUAAUCUACUGUGACCCCUACAUGGCGGAGAUGGAAAAUUGCUGUGAGCUGCUGGAACCAAAGUGUGAAGCAAAGAAGACGCUUAAUGGGACUGCCACUCCCCCGGUGACAGAGAAGCUUCCCCAGAUGCUUUCUCAGCCCGUCCUGCAGUCAAUGGACAGAUGUCUCUGUCCGGCAGAAAAGGGAGAUGCUGGUCUUCCAGGGGUAGUUGGACUAGCAGGAGAAAAGGGGGAUACAGGAGACAAGGGGGACCUGGGGGAAGCCGGGCCAACAGGAAACCCAGGAAAUAAGGGAGAACCUGGAUCAGUAGGGCAAAAAGGAAUCGAUGGGAGGAAGGUUGACAAAGAAUGUCUCAAAGGAGAUCAGGGCCCUCAAGGUGACAAAGGAGAAAAGGGACUGGCCGGGGUGCCGGGUCAGCCAGGGGAGCCAGGCAAGGAGGGCAAAAGGGGACGGAGAGGAAAGAGUGGGGAGCCUGGAUCCAAAGGCCGGACUAGUCCCUCAGGAGCCUCUGAAGGAGCAAGUAUCAAGGGGGAGAAGGGCGAGUCGGGAGUCCCGGCGGACAAAGGGGAGAGAGGAGACCCCGGUCAGCCAGGUGCAGAGGGUGCCGACGGAAUGAAGGGACAAAAAGGUGAUAUUGGCCCCCCUGGUCCUCCCGGUCCUGUGAUGACAGCUCAUGGAUUAAGACACCUCUCUGGAUCUGAUGAAAUGAAAGAGCGGAGCCAAAAGGGAGAAAAGGGGGAUCAGGGGGAGCGAGGAACACAAGGACUGCAAGGCUUCAAGGGAAACAUAGGGCCGCCAGGACUAAAAGGAGAUCAAGGACCAGCGGGGAAACACGGCCUGCCUGGACCCACUGGACUCCCAGGACUCCCAGGCGAGCCAGGAACGUCGGGGGAGCCAGGGGGGCCCGGGAGAGAUGGCCUGAAAGGAGAAAAGGGGGACUCUGUUGGAGUGAUGGCGCCACAGGGACCUCCGGGUCCCAAGGGUGAGCCUGGAGAACCCGGAGGCGGCUAUAUGGGCGACGGUUUGCCCCUAACCAGAGGCUCUCGCGGACCCAAGGGUGAGAGAGGUGUCCCGGGGUUGCCGGGAGAACACGGUGAAAAGGGCGAAGUUGGAGAGAGUGUCAUGGGUCUUCCUGGCCUCAUGGGACCCUCAGGAAAGCCGGGAAUCGAGGGCCCUCGUGGAUCCACGGGUUUAUCAGGGCCCCCUGGAGCUCCAGGAAGAGAGGGCUCCCCUGGUCGAUCUGGCCCCCCGGGCCCUCCUGGACCUGCAGGUGAACCAAUUGCUCUGCCACUCGUCGGAGACAUGGGAGCUUUACUCAAGAAUGCCUGCAGUGUGUGCCAGACGAGAGUCCCCGGCAUGCCCGGGCAAAGAGGAGAGAAGGGGACCCCCGGAGCGCAAGGAGUCGAAGGCAUGGUGGGAGAAAAGGGAGAUCCGGGUAUAAGAGGCCCUAUGGGUAACCCCGGGAAAGAAGGGCCAAAGGGGGUGAAAGGAGAGAGAGGGUUCCAAGGCCCGACAGGAGACAAAGGAGAUGAGGGGCCUUCAGGAGUACCAGGGUUGCCUGGUGUGACCGGCCGUACAGGGGCCCCGGGGCUGUUGGGAAGACCUGGUCCCAUGGGCCAGUCAGGAGGAAAAGGAGAUAAAGGAAACGAAGGACCCACGGGCAGACCAGGGCUCCCAGGGCCUCCGGGUGUACCCUACGUGGAGGGCAAUGGGAUGAGCAGUCUGUACAAGCUGCAGAGCGGUGGAGCUCUUUUAGGACCCCCUGGAGCUCCCGGUGCUCCGGGUCCCAAAGGAGAUGAAGGGGUUGCAGGGGAACCAGGGGCCAUGGGAUUACCCGGGCUGGAAGGGCUACCCGGUGCCAAGGGUGAUAUUGGUUUGCCUGGUUCACCAGGGGCAUCAGGUCCUCCAGGGAAGCCCGGAACUCGUGGAGAACUGGGGAUCCCUGGAGAACCGGGUGAGCGGGGGCCGCUCGGAGAGACAGGAUUCCCAGGGCCUGAGGGACCCCAAGGUGUUCCUGGGAGGCCGGGCAAAGACGGAACUCCAGGAUACAAGGGAUCUUCAGGUACACCAGGGGACAGGGGAUCCAAAGGAGAACGUGGCGAUACAGGGAUUUCUGGGGAAAGAGGCGUCCAGGGCGAGCGAGGUCGCACAGGAGACCCUGGCCCGAUUGGACCCAUGGGACCAGCCGGCCACAAGGGUGAUCCCGGCCCUCCAGGGCAGCUGGGGAGUUCAACCCUCCUGGGAGAUCCUGGCGUCAUGGAGGAGCUCAAAAUGUUUAUCCAAAACCAAGUAUUGCGGAUCCUUGAAGAGAAGCUAUCGAGUGCUGCCAUGAUGCAGAAGACACCCGCAGGCAUCUUAGGUUCACAAGUUCAGGGGCCUCCAGGACCUCCUGGAAAGGACGGAUAUCCAGGCCCGCCAGGAGAGCAUGGACCUCCCGGUCCUCAAGGAUACAGGGGUCAGAAAGGAGAACGAGGGCAGCUUGGUCUAGGGCUACCAGGAGAUCCAGGAUCUACGGGAGCACCAGGUCCUCCUGGGAUCACUAUUAAGGCCCCUCCUGGUUCUCCGGGGCCCCGCGGACCUCCUGGGACGUGUGACCCUGGCGACUGCCUCCCGCCAUCCUUAUGAACCCAACCCGAGCGGUUUCAGCUAAAGUCGUAAGAUGGACGUGCAGCUCUGAGAUCUGUGUAGCCGCAGCAGAGCAGGAGAAGAGUGGGCCUCACUGUCUCUGACAGCUUCCUCAGAUCCGGCUCAAUCAGACUCAGACUCACAACUGACCUCUUUUGUUCACUUCACUCACAUUUGGUUGCAAGUCUGUUUAUUUUUUCUUUUUCUGGCAUUACUGUCGGGGCUUGUUUUCAGCUCACUGAAAACCUUUUGAGUUUAUUUAUUUUCCCAAUGGUUUUUACUUCAAAAGUUAUUUCUUGUUUUCACAUCCUCUACUGUGAUGUAAUGCAUUCCUUGUCAACUCUCAUUACGUCUGUCAAGUUCAGUCGUGUCUGAAAACAUGAUCUUAAUUAGUUGUGUGCCUCCUUCCUAAUAGGUUUGCCUAUGCACUCCUCUGUUCUGCUCGUCUGUUAGUCAGAUAAGCCGGUGUGCUGGCAGAAGGUACAUCUCGUGUGUGUGUGUGUGUCUGUAUAUGUGUGUGUCAGCGACAAACUGAAUGAACGUUUACUUGUUACAUGUGUAGGUGUGAGAAAACAACUGAUAUUUAAAACUUUAUGCAACCAAAGUGCAGCAGAUGUGGCUGAUAUGGAAAUAAUUUAUUUUAAGCGUGUUCUCGAGAAUGUAUUUGACUGAUGGUAAUAAUAACUGUAGUAAAUGUAGCAUGAUAUUCAGUAAUAUUUCUCAGUAAUACGUUCUGGAUCACUGAGACAGCUGUUUGUUUAUUGAAAUCAUUGCUCAUGACACAUUUGCAUCAUGAUGGUUUCUGUAGAUUCUGCGUCAGGGCUCAGAGCUCGUCACUGAGGUUUAUCUUUCUUUACCUUUUAUAAAACAAAACAUAAAAACCUGUAACAACAUCAUUGGGUCAUUUGGUGAAAAUAAUGUACUUCACAUUUUCACAGGCUGUGAUGUGACCUCACAUUCACCUCUACUGUUGGUUUAUUCUGUAAAUAACAUGAACUCGUCCAAUGGGGUUUAUGAUGGGACCUUUUUACAUAACUGUUCAUGAGUUUAGUUGUAAUGUAUCAAUGUAGUGACCAUAGUCUGAAAAUAUAGAUACGUCUUCACUUCCUCCCACUAUUCAAAACUGAAGCCAAAAUAUCCUGCAUACGAGCGCCACCAUCUUGAACAUUUGAAGCCAGAGAGUGCAAAGAUGAAGUAGCGAAGUCACGUGGUUGACCAAUCGCGAGUCAGUCUCGGCUGUUUAUAGCAUCAAAUAACUUAUUUAAAAAAUAAAACUUAGUAAAAGACAGAAACCGUCAAUGAGAAACAAUUAUUUGACGUGUGAUUUGACUUUUUAGUUUGGUCUAUGUCCCAUCUGAUAACAUGGUGGAGGCAUUAUUUAUGAUCUAUACUACAUUCAGCCACCAGGUGGCGAUCAACACACUUUGGCUUCGCUUUUGGGGAGAGUCGUGUGGUCAUCUUUAUUCACAGUCUAUGAUGAAGUCUUCACGUUUGUUUUCAAUCAUACAUCAUUGAAAAUGUAUUUUUUUUGUCUAACGUAAUUAUUAACAUAUAUAUUGUUUACAUAGUGUCGUGUAUGAUGAUUUCUCUGGUUUAUUUGUAUAUUUUUGAUUCUCAGCCACGCAAAGGAAAUCGGACGACUUCACUACUAUUUCUCAUUUCUGUGAAUCCUUCUCACUCAUUAACAUACUUGAACUGUUUUGUUUGUUUUAACAAUAAUAUCAUGGUCUAGUCUACAUCCUGGAUUUUCACUCACUGACCAACUCCAUGGGUCAUUGUAUAGUUUUGUUGUAUGGGUGUGUGUGGGGGGGGUCUCUUUAAGACUGGAGUUUUGAUGUAUU